CCAUCGGACGCUCUCAAACGUGCUCAGCUUGGGCGGUCAUCAGUUCCCCGACAAUUUGUGGCCGGCGACAGAAGAGGGAACAUGUCCAUCUUUAUUCGGGCCAGCGUUGACUAUUAGGGCAUCAAUGAUGUCUCUGCCAUGCAUUAGAUGGCACUGUUUGCGUUGAAAUAUAUCAUGACGUCGCUAGUUGGUGGAAAGUAGGAAGAGACAGGGGACGAGGAAGUAGUCGGAAGCUAGAAGAAGGAGGCCAGCAGCAUGGCCUUGGCUCUAGAUGACGAUAGCGCCCGAGUCUUAAACCCUGAUUGCUAGAUCUGACUAUUCGUGUCGAAUUUCCGGUUUACAUUAGCGUUCCGGCAAAUCUACAUAUAUUUAUAUGCUCCCUCGACCUCCGCGACUACAAAGACUCUGUCCUUCACCAGCCGAUUCCUUGAUGACCACAUAUAACGGACCUUCAAACACAUCUCCCGUACUUCAUCGCAAUGUCCCACCUGAUGACGUUAUGUCUAGCGACUGUCAUUUACCUCACCGGCAUCGUUAUCUACAGGCUCUAUCUUCACCCCCUUGCCCAGUUCCCCGGCCCAUGGCCGGCCAAAGUGUCUGGCCUCCACGCGCUCUACUACGCCUGGCGCGGCGACCGACACUUGAUGCAGGCUCGAAGUCAUGCACGGUAUGGGGAUUAUGUGCGCCUCGGACCCAACUACCUGUCCGUCGCCAGCGACCUCGGGCUGCAGGAAAUUUACGGGACCAGAGCAAACGUGCAGAAGUCGUCGUUCUAUCACGCCUUUGUAGCCCAGAAGGGCGCCUGGAGCACAUUUACGAGCAUUGACAGAUCACUGCAUGCACGGAAGAGACGUGUGCUUGCCCCCGCCAUGACGGAGAGGGCAUUGAAGUCGAUGGGGCGGCGUAUCAACCAAUGCAUCGACAUUUUCGUCACACAGCUAGGGCGCAACGCCGAUGCAGAGAGCGGAUGGACGCCUGCGGUCAACAUGUCGGAGCUGGCGGAUCAUGUGGCCUUCGACAUCCUCGGCGACCUGGUCUUUGGGGAGGGCUCCUUUCAGAUGCUCACUAGCCGUGCCAAUCGGUACAUUGUGGACUUGAUUGUGGCGACUUCCUACUGGGCCCUGCUGGUCGGCACCUUUCCCCUACUCCGUGCGUUACCAAUCAUUCCGCUCUGGUUCCCAGAGCUCACGCGCAAACGACAAGCAUAUCUUUUGUUCUGCCAAGAGAAGGCGUGUCAGCGGAUGGCGAAGGUCGGGGCCCCCGGUCCCUCACCCGAGGAGCACAGCGACCUGCUUCUUCAUCUGCUCAAACCAAGUGCAUCAUCCCCACCGUCCACGGCGGAAAUCUGGGCGGAAUGUCGAACUCUGAUCGUCGCCGGCGCCGACACCGUCGCCACGGCGCUGGCCGCUCUCACCCACUACCUCGUACACAAUGAGGGUGCCUACCACCGACUUGAAGAGGAGAUCCUGACGGCCUGUCCCCGCCUCCACGAGGUCCGCUUCCCGGGCCCCAGACCGGCCCAAUGCCCGUACCUGGACGCAUGCAUUGACGAAGCCCUGCGCCUCAGUCCGCCCAUCCCCGGGCCCCUGCCGCGCGAGGUGCUGCGAGGUGGGAUGGCGCUGGGCCGCGGCCGGUUUGUGGUGCCGGCGGGGACGGUGGUGGCGACGGCGGCGUACGCGCUGCAUCGCCAUCCGCGGUACUUUCCGCAGCCGGAGGUGUUCUGGCCGGAGCGGUGGAUGGCGGGGUCGGCGCCGGGGGUGACGCUCGCCACUGUGCGGCGGGCGCGCCAGUCAUUCUGUCCCUUUGGGGUUGGGGCGCGCGGAUGUGUGGGACAGUCGCUGGCGUAUGGAGAGCUGAGGACGCUGGUAGUGCGGAUGCUUGGACGGUAUCGCAUCCGCUUGUGUCGGCAGGUGAGGGUCGGGGAAGGUCCGAGUGCUCGGGAGAUUGGCGGCGACGGCGUGAGCAAAGAAGGGGAAGAAUACAGAAUGCUCGACCGGUGGACGGCCCAGCGGGACGGCCCAUUCGUGGAGUUUCAGUCUCGACCGCGGUAG